AGCCGCACACUACUUACACGCUAAAUAGUGCGAAAUUACAACGCGUCCACUUGUGUCAUUAGUUUUUGGACAUAUUGUGUAUUAGAAUAAUAUAAUACUCAGUGUGGCAGGCAGGCAGCGUGCUUGUGUAUGAAUCACGACACUAUUAAGGGACGGAACAGACAAGAGGCGGUAGGCUGAGUAGGCAGUUUGGUAUUGCAUGUACCCAGAACUCUGACACGUCACUUUAAUGGCUGCCUCUGGCUCCACCAGCGCUGUGCCUGAAGGAUAUCACUACGAGACCAAAUAUGCCCUCCUCUGUUACCUCGGUCUGCCCCCGCGAUCCCAGUCCAGACCUUCUCAAGGAGCAUUUGGACAGGCUGCACAGGAAACAGAUGUGGACAAGACCAGAAGGGUAAAGGAGCAGAUUGAAGAGGAGCUUAAACAACUAGAGGAGGAAAUCACUGCGUCUUUUCCAAGAACAGGCUUUGAUCGGCACACAUCCCCAGUGUUCAGUCCAGCGAAUCCAGAGAGCUCUAUAGAGGAUAGUUUGGCCGUGCUAGGGGACCGUGUUUCACAAGACCUGGAUAUACAUCUGGAUUCAGCGAUACAAACACUCCUCAAUAGUCAGCUGGACUAUGAAGAUUUCCAAAGUGCAGUGCAAGAAGUAUCCUCUCAUUCUCAAGGGGGCUGGAAUAAGGUUUUGGUCCCGUUGGUGUUAUUACAAGCUUUACUGAAUAAGGGGCAGCCACUUUCCUCGCUGCUUGCUUAUGGUGAGCGGUAUCUACAAGAAUCACAAGAGGCAGACUUCAUCAUACAGCAGGGUGGAUGGAGUUCUGUAUUUAGCCUGGAGGAUGUGGAGGACCCAGGCGCGCUCAUAGCCGAAGACAGUAACGAUAUCUACAUCCUGUCAGGAGAGCAGGCCCGUGAGCAGUUGAGCCCCCCUGAUUCGCUGCUCAUCAGUGUGGCAGACAGCAGCGGAACAAGCUCCUGGCAAGCAGAGAGCCUGCCCAUAUCUCUCAGCGGACAAGAAUCCUGGGCUCAGGUCGGUCACAUGGAGCCGGAGGACGCCAAGAGCGUGGACAGCGGCGAAGGGAUUGCCGAGGAGCGCAGCGAGAACAACUCCUCCAAUUCCGACAUCGUGCACGUCGAACGUGAGGAGGCGGAGCUCCUGGAGGAGGGCGAGGAAGGCGCAGAGGAGGAGCUGCAAGAGAGCGUCCUUAGCAUGCUGGGCACGGAGAGCGAACUGGAGGCCCUUAAAGAAGAGCUUAAAGAAGUGCCACCUACAGAGCCUGAGUCACUGGUGUCCCUAGAUGAGUCCAUUGUCACAUUGGAGGAACCUGCUAGCCUGGUUGCUUCUUUGCCACCAGUUCAUGUAGAGCCAAAAUCCCUUGAUUCCCCAGCACCUACUGUUCCUGCUGCUAUUAAUGUAAAGCCAGAAUCUACUGCUCCUGCUCCCCCAGUGCCUGUUCCUGAACCCAAACUCAAAUCUGCUCAGCCAGAACCUGUUCUAGCUCCUGUGGAGCCUCAGAUUAUAAUCCCAGUUAAAAAAUCUGAAGCUGAAUCUACCCUGGAGGUACCAGUACUGACCCAAGCUAAAGAGGUCACUCCAGCUCAGAAGCCUCCUGUCGUAUCCCCGACAUCAGCACUGGUGCAGAAGAUACCACCACAGGUUGUACAGGAGGCCCUUUCAUCUCAGGCUCCUCUUAUUAUACCCUCUGCUGGACCACCAGAACAGAACAUUUUACCACAGCAACCGAAGCUUGUGGAACCUGCCUCCGUUCCUGCUCAGAAGCCCGUGGCAGAGCCCGUGUCCUCCGAGCUUUCCGUUCUUCUGUACGGCGGUGCUGCACUGGUGGCCAUUGCUGCGCUGGUGGCUUACGGGGCUCUCGCUUAUCGAAAGAAAUAGUAGAAAGUGGUCAAUAUGAAUUUUUUUCCCUAGGACUUCACUUCAAAUUUUAGGAACCGGGGCCACUGUGCUGUCUCCUGUUGCCUCAAGCCAUGUCAUGAAUUAUCUCAGUUCCUUUUCUUCUUUUUUUGUAGCUUUUAUGUUCCAUGUAGCUUUUAUUUUUCAUGUUCCCGACUGAUUGGUUUGGCCUAGGUUUUAGAUUCUGGCUUAAAGUUGAAUAUCAGAGUCAAUUUGUUCUUUUCAUUUGCCCAGUUUUUAGAAGUGGCUACUGUUAUUCAAAAAUAAUAAAAUGAAUUGUGUGCUUUGAAAGCCAAGUAUAAUAUA